GUAACAGCGAGGUUUGCCAGGACGAGUGGACAAGAGUAAGGACACAGUACCAGGGCUUCACUCGCGCCUACGUGGACUACCACUGGCGCCAGAUGACAGCCAACUAUUGCAUGCCAUUCGACGAUUUCGCACAUGUACUUUGUACGAGAAGCUACAAAAGUACCAGAGGACAAACGACGCGAACGGAGACGGCCUGGUCACUGCACAAGAAGUGGACGCAGAAAUAGCGAGAUACGACACCAACAAUGACGGGUGUAUCAGUGUCCCCGAGUGGAGAUACAGAUGGACCUCAGACUACGGAUUUUCUACCGCGUUGGCGGAUGCCAAUUAUCCAAGAGACGUCGACAAUAAUCGCUGUAUCAAUAAGGUGGACUUCAAUAACAGACAAAUGCCUGCUGCCUUGUAUCCUGUGCUUUUGAUACAGUCACUGGUAGACUUGUGUGAGAGAAGCCCCUCCUCAUACUUGACCAACGUGGACUGUGCCCAGGUAGUGGACACCUGCACCAACUACUUCCCUCAGGAACCCAAGUGCCAGAUCUAUCUGAACCAAUGCGGUCUAUCACGGUAUUCCUCCUGCGUGGAGGACUUGCAGGACUCCAGCUGUUCCACUGCUAGCGACAGGUCGGAGGUCAACAUGGAGAGGUUGAGAGUGCAGAACCAGAUGAGGGAUACUUGUUGGGGACCAAGUGAGUUGAAAAUCGGCUCCAGAUGUCUAGCUUCUAUAGAAACCUGCUCGGAGACCACAUUGACUCGCGGAUUCUGCAAGUGACGGUCGACUGUGUCCGAACGAGUGGACAGAACGACGCACUAACUAUAUGGGGUUCACACCCACCUUCACACGGAGCGAGUGGGCCACAAUAGGCGGACCUAACUGCACUGACGUCACUGCUUUCGACGCAAGCCCAGAGAUAGCUCUGAGGACAGCGUUUGCCAACCGCGCGAUCGGGCGUCUGGCAUCGUUCUGUGCCGUCGGUGACAACAUGCGAACCAACAGAGACUGCUUUGGGCUGGUCACUAUCUGUAAGGAGAAACAGCCGGACAUUGAAGCCUGUAAGACAUUCAACCCCAACAUCAGAUCCUUGUACGAGAAUCUCAUGCAGGUUGAGAAGACAAACGACGCGGACGGGGACGGUAACGUCACACAAUCUGAACUGGCCGUUGAGCUAGGAAUCCAGGACUCUGACAGAAAUGGCUGCGUCAGCGAAGCCGAGUGGAGCCAAAGGUACACUCAGCCCCAGCUCUAUGGCUUCUCCCCCGAGUUUGCCCGGGCCGUGUACCGCACCUAUAAUACCAAUGGCGGCUGUCUGAAUGCCCAGUCUCUGAACAUACCUGCUAACGGAAUCCCAGCAGCUAAUUUCCCUGUAAUGCAUAUUCAGGCUCUGGUGAACAUGUGCCAGGGAAGCCCGUAUUUGUACGUCACAAACCCAGACUGUGCCCAGGUGGCGGACACCUGCAUCAGCUACUUCCCCGAGGAACCCAAAUGCAAGGUCUACCUGGACAACUGCUGUUCCAGCCAAGAAAAACCCUGGUGACGGAGCCAGCUCAGUACAUGUCUUCCACUCUCUCCUGGCUGUGGCAAACCUGCUGGUCUUCAUCGCUGUUUUUGGAUAGCACUGAAGGGAUUUAAAAUGUUCCAUUUUUUUCGUGCUUCGACGGCUUAGAGCUCUCCAUUUUUUGCCACGGUCGAAGCAAGAGGCAAACUAGUUUAGUACAUGUAAAUGAUAGCGUUAUCCUGUUGAUCAAGGGCUGGCUUGUGUUAGCAUUGAAGAACAAAGUCCUCGAUGAAAGAAACUGAACACGUUUACAGUUUCUUAGUUGUUGUUGUUUUUUUUUUAUCUUUUUGAUUUGUUUUGUUUUGGUUGUUGUUUUUGGAGGCA